AUGGAAGAGUGCGACAUGCUCGAGUGCUGCUUGUGCGGGGCACUGUGCGGCGCUUGCUGCGCUGGGGCAGCGGACUCGGGCGGUGGCCGUCGCCGCAACAGCCGCUACUCGGACGAAUACCGCAACGGACAGCCCGUGUACGUGCAGCCUGUUGCAGUGCAGCACCAGUCCGGCUAUGCUUACCCGUCAGAGUACGCUUCGCCUCUACGCCAGCACGCUUCUCACCAAGAUUACGCUUCGCAGCAGCCGUACCCAUUAGCGCAGCCGUACCCAUUGGCGCAGCCGUACCCAGCAGCGCAGCCGUACCCAUCCGAGCAGCCGCAUCCAUCCCAGCAGCCGCACCCAUCUCAGAAGUCGUAA